AAGCGGUCAGUGGAGAGGUCCAAGGGGCGGGCCUACCGUCGCCUGGGGUGACCGUUGAGCACUUGAGUUGCUCAGUCUGAGGUAGAAUCCGGGCGGCUUUUCUUUUCUUUUCCUUCUGCCUCCGCCGCCCGCCGCCCGCCGCGAGAUGCCGUGGGAGCGGUUCCGCAUAGAGACGAUGGAGGCCCUGCGAAGCAGCAGCAAAGGGCGCCUCUCCUACUGCCCAGGCUGGAGCCCGGCGCUGGGGCAGGAAAUUCUGGAAGGAUAUAGAGCCCCUCCUGAGCUGUCUCCCUACUCGGGCUGGGUGCUGGGAAAAAUGCUGUCCUGUGCUCCAAAGGAAAUGGCUGCCUCUGUGGGCUUAGAACCUGAUGAAACAGCUUUUCUUGCACACGGAUUAUCCUCCCUCACUAUCAGUGCUUCUCCUCCCAGCCAGCUGGCUUCCACACCAGCCUCAACAGAAGCACCAAGCAAUACACAGGGUCACAAGAAACUGAGUGUGCCAGAGAAUAUCCAGGAAACCUUCACUGUACCUCCAGUCUCAAAAGGCACAGGGAUUGAGGGUCUUAUACGUUUGCAUGAGGAAAUCCAGAAGUUGAAAGGAAAGGAAGAACUCGAGCAGCGUUUGGACCUGCAAGAGCAGAUGGUGAAGGCUGCCGCUGAGGAGGCAAGUGAAUUACUGAAGCGCUUUGAUGAGCUGAAGGAGUUGAAACAGCAUCAGGAAUAUCAACACUUGCAGCAGGAGAUAGAGAAGAGCUCCAAAGAAGCUCAAGGGCAGCAAGAAAAACUGAAGGAGGAACAUCAGCGCAGAGCAAAGAUGUGGACAAAGAGGUGGGGAGAGCGCAAGACUAGAAGACAAACAGGGAGGAAAGGAGAAAAAGGAAGAGUUACAGAACGGAAGAUAGGUCUUUUAAGCCGAAAAUUACGGGAAGCGGAACAGCAGCGCCAGCGGCAAGAAGAGCUGGAGCGCCAGCGUAGAGAAGAGAGCCAGGAACGUCUACGUCGCCUCUACUCUAUCCAGGAGGAGGUCUUGCGGAUCAACCAGCAGAUUGGCCUCAAUUACAGGCAUAAAGAGUUGCCAGGGAUUGACCUCUCGGUGUACAGUAACCGUGGCAAUCAGAUCUGUGGGGAAGUGUCGGGGCUUGUCCGCAUGACCAGUGAGAGAGCAUUCCCUGCUCAGGCAGAUGUGGCUUCCGCUGAACAAGUGCUGCUGGAAAUGCAAAGGCUAAUCUCUAACAUGCAGGAGGAAAUCGCUCUUGCCAUAGAAGAGAAGAGGAGGCAUGAGGAAGAGGCGGUGGCGGCGGCGGCGGCAGCAGCAGCAGCUGCAGAAAGAGAGAGGAAUGAGGAAUUGCAGAGACAGGAGCUGGCGAAAACCCAAGUUCCAGAUCGUGGGAAGCAUAUUGGAGGAAAACCUCAGAAGGAUGAGCUUCAGGUGAAGGCAGAAGAGAAGACGAUGCAGUGGUACCAGCAGCUGCAGAAAGAGUCCGAACAGUGUGUUGCUUCCUUCAGCAGGUUGGGCAGCAGCAAAGACAGCCAGGAGAAGAAAAUAAAGAUGGAUUUACAGAAGGCAGCUACCAUCCCAGUUAGCCAGAUAUCUACCAGAGCAGGUUCCCAGCUGAAAGAGAUAUUUGAAAAGAUCAAUAACCUCCUGUUAGGAAAGUCCAUCCACUGUGGUGGUCACAAUGUGUCAGUUACUCAGCAUCCUGAAGGUCUGGAGUUUGCUUAUUUCAAACUAGCAGAGAAGUUUGUGAAACAAGGAGAGGAAGAAGUUGCUUCUCAUCAUGAGGCAGCUUUCCCCAUUGCUGUGGUGGCUUCAGGCAUCUGGGAGUUGCACCCCAGAGUGGGUGACCUCAUUUUGGCACAUCUGCACAAAAAGUGUCCUUACGCUGUCCCUUUCUAUCCUGCCCUGAAGGAAGGCACGUCCCUAGAGGAAUAUCAGAGGAUGCUUGGUUACCAAGUUAAAGAUUCCAAGGUUGAGUCGCAGGAUAACUUCCUGAAACGGAUGUCUGGGAUGAUCCGUCUGUAUGCUGCUAUUCUUCAGCUGCAGUGGCCAUACAGGGAUAGACAAGGGACUCACCCACAUGGACUGAACCAUGCGUGGUGCUGGCUGGCACAAAUGUUGAACAUGGAGCCUCUGGCAGAUGUGACGGCUACAAUUCUGUUUGACUUCUUGGAGGUCUGUGGGAAUGCUCUUAUGAAGCAAUACCAGGUGCAGUUUUGGAAGGUGAUCCUCCUUAUCAGAGAAGAGUAUUUCCCAAGGAUAGAAGCAAUUACGAAUGCUGGAGAAAUGGGUUCCCUUAUAAGAUUCAAGCAGUUCUUGGAGAAAUGUCUACAACGGAAAGAAAUUCCUUUACCGAAGGGCUUUUUGCCAUCAUCCUUCUGGAGGUCAUGACUUUGCAUCUCCUACUUUCACCUUCCUAGAAGCUCCAAGAAUUUGUGGACGAGUGUCUUGAGAGUUAUAAUUUUAGGUAUUUGGAUCCUACUGAUGCAGAAGGAUGUCCAGGCAGUUUACCCUGCUUUAUGGCCAACUUAUUUCAGAAAUGUAUUUUGUGAAGCAUUUAAAAACCAAGCAUAUGCUUGGUUCUCAUAGGAACAAGUUUGUCCCAAUGUCCCAAAGGACUCCAACAUUUAAUAAAAUGCAAAAAAAUAAUAAUAUAUAGACAAAAGAGUAGCAUGCCUGUCUAGGGAAAACUGAGAUCAUGAUUUAAGAGAUCCAGCAAUAAAGCAUAUUAAAUAUAAUCAGUCAGUAUGUACCACAUUUUCUAAAGAUAUAUUUGUGCUCAAAGUGGUUUACAGAAAAUAAGCAAAAGACAAUUAAGUGAGCAUGAAGCUUACCAAUAGGUCAAUUAACAAUAUCCCAAAGCUGAUGGCUGGUGGCAUUCUAACUGGUGACUUUUAAUUAAAAAUUUGAAGUGAUUUGGAGAAACAGUGACGGUCAGUUGCCUGAAAGUUCAAAGAGUAGGCAUAGUAGAUGCUUUUUGGCUCAUCAAAGCAACAUUCCCUUUUGAGAACCCUGCUCACUGAUUUCUGCUCUUCAAAACAAAGAAAAAGCUUAUUUAAAGAAUUUUGUACUUGUUCAAGUGGGAAACUGUCAAUUCUCUAAAAGAGAGCAUUUGGUAUUUCCAAAAUCUCCAAAUGUGAGAUUUUGUAGCAUGUGUAUAUGGACUGUAAUUGGUAUUGGGGGGGGGAGGGGAGAGGUCACCACAAAGUGUUCUGCUUUUAAUUUUCAUGAAAGCAAGAGGGAAUUGACUUCUGUAUUCAUGAAGCCCAUGAACUAACAAAGUUGAAGAUGUGUUUGUAUAUUAGUGUUAUGCCAUGAAUCCUUCCUUGAUUGAUUUUAAACUUAACUGGAUUUUUUCUUUUCUUUUAUAUGGUCAUGAUAUAGUGGCAAGCCUUUUCACUAGGGGGAAGGGCUGUUGGUUUCUCCUGGACAGCAAUGGAUUUGUAUGAAUUUGACUAGGCAUGAAACACUGAAUUACUGUUUCUUUGUAUCAAUCUAGUACAAUGAUUGUUCUGAGAAUACAUCAUCAGAGAAAGCUGCUUCAAAUAUCAUUAAAAUUUUAUUUUAAACAUUUUCUUAAA